AUGUCAGGACAAAAAGUGAAGUUAGGGUUUGUGGAAAACUUUGCCCUUUCUGGUGCAGCAGCUGUCAUUUCAAAAACUGCAGCUGCUCCCAUUGAAAGAAUCAAGCUUCUUGUUCAGAACCAAGAUGAGAUGAUCAAAGCUGGUCGAUUGUCAGAGCCAUACAAAGGUAUCAUUGACUGCACUGUUCGUACCUUUAAAACAGAGGGUAUUCUGCCAUUUUGGAGAGGAAACUUGGCCAACUGCUUGAGAUACUUCCCCACCCAGGCACUCAACUUUGCUUUCAAGGAUACAAUCAAGGCAGCUUUCAAGUCAUCACCGAAUGAGUCCUACGUUAUCAAAUUCACAAAGAAUAUAUUUUCAGGAGGAGCCGCUGGAGCUCUUUCUUUGUGCUUUGUCUACUCUCUUGAUUAUGCCAGAACCCGAUUGGCCAAUGAUGCCAAAAUAGCUGGCAAGGGUGGCGGUGAGCGCCAGUUCACUGGUAUGAUUGAUGUGUAUACCAAGACCCUGAAGUCUGAUGGCUUUGUGGGCCUGUACAGAGGUUUUGUCAUCUCCUGCGUGGGCAUUGUUGUGUACAGAGGCUUCUAUUUCGGUCUUUAUGACAGCUUGAAGCCAAUUCUGAUGGCUGAUGAUGCCAGCGUGUUCCUGUCCUUUUUACUGGGCUACACUGUCACUGUGUCCUCCGGGCUGUUGUCAUAUCCCAUUGACACCAUCCGUCGUCGCAUGAUGAUGACUUCCGGCCAGGCUGUCAAAUACAAGGGAUCCAUCGAUUGUGCCCUCCAGAUCAUCAGGAAUGAAGGCUUCAUGUCCAUGAUGAAGGGAGCAGGAGCUAACAUCCUGAGAGGUGUGGCCGGCGCUGGUGUCCUGGCUGGCUUUGACAAGUUCAAGGAAUUGUACAUCGGCUUCCGUGUUGCCAAGUAA